GGCUAGAUGGAAGGUUAGGUUAAAUGUUUUGGCAGCUCAACGUCUCAUAUAAAAACCCAUCCUUCUGAAACAAAGCUGUUUACUUCGCCUGAAAACCACUCUUCCAAAACCACUCUUCGCUCUCCAGCUCUCUUCCUAGGUCCCCGUCUUCUCUUUCUAAGAACCCUUCUUCCUCCUGAUACGUUUUAUUGCCAAUCCAUAUAUCAUCAUCAUCAUUAUCAUCUUCUCCCUCUUCCUUGUAUCUGUACAUACACGGAAGCUGUGAUAAAAAAACGACCAUGAUCUCUGCGUUUCUUUGACUCCCUAUAGUCUAUGCUUCCACUGUCUCUGCUGCUUCAAGUACAUAGCAUCAGUCUUCUAUUUCUCUUUCUAUCUGUGUCCAUGUGUUUAUAAUCAGCUUUUCUUUCUUUGCUUGGUUUUUUUCAGAUACUGAUACAAAACAAGCAACAAUUCAAACAUGGCGUUUCAUCACAAUCUUUCUCAAGACCUUCCUCUUCACCAUUUCUCUUCUGAACAAACCCAACAGCAACAGCAACAAAAUAUACCCGAAAGCAACGCCGCACCUAAUUGGCUCAACACUGCUCUCCUCCGUACCCAACAACCACAACCACCAUCUCACUCUCACUUCACCGAUACUAAUUUUUUAAACCUUCAUACCACUUCUACUACCAACUCCGAUUCUACUGCUUCUCAGAAUCCUACCCAAUGGCUCUCCCGCUCUUCCUCUAUACUCAACCGUAACCACAGCGAUGUUAUCGAUGAUGUCACCGCUGCAACCGCCGCUGACUCCAUCAUCGUGGGUACUAUUUCCCAUGAAUCACCUGAUUUGAAAACCAACACAAAUAACAACAGUGGGACCAUGAACAACAAGAGCGAAGGAGGGGUGGUUGAGAGUGGUGGAGGAGGGGAGGGUGUCGUUAACUGGCAGAAUGCGAGGUACAAGGCAGAGAUACUGUCUCACCCGUUGUAUGACCAGUUGUUGUCGGCACACGUGGCUUGUUUGCGAAUCGCCACUCCGGUGGAUCAGUUGCCAAGGAUUGACGCCCAGCUUGCCCAGUCACAGCACGUAGUGGCUAAAUACUCCGCCCUCGGUGGCGGGACUCAGGGCUUGGCCGGUGAUGAAAAGGAGCUUGAUCAGUUCAUGACACAUUACUUUCUGUUGCUUUGUUCUUUUAAAGAACAAUUGCAGCAACAUGUUCGAGUCCAUGCAAUGGAAGCAGUAAUGGCCUGCUGGGAGAUAGAGCAGUCUCUGCAAAGCUUAACUGGGGUUUCUCCUGGUGAAGGAACAGGUGCAACAAUGUCUGAUGAUGAUGAAGACCAAGUUGAUAGUGAUGCAAAUUUGUUUGAUCCAAGUUUGGACGGUUCAGAUGCCAUGGGAUUUGGUCCCCUUAUCCCAACAGAGAGUGAGAGAUCUUUAAUGGAGAGGGUGAGGCAAGAACUGAAGCAUGAAUUAAAGCAGGGUUACAAAGAGAAAAUUGCUGACAUUAGAGAGGAAAUUUUGCGCAAGAGAAGAGCAGGAAAGUUACCUGGUGACACAACCUCUGUUUUGAAAUCUUGGUGGCAAUCACAUUCCAAGUGGCCAUAUCCUACUGAGGAAGAUAAGGCAAGAUUGGUACAAGAAACAGGCUUGCAACUAAAGCAGAUAAAUAAUUGGUUCAUCAACCAGCGGAAGAGAAACUGGCACAGCAAUCCUUCAACUUCAACAGUCUUGAAAAGCAAACGCAAAAGUAAUGCAGGUGAUAGCAGUGGUGAUCGUUUCAUGUAAAUCAAAGAACAACAUCUCCUGUGAUCGAUCAAUCUUUGAUCAUUCUUCUCUGCUCCAGCAAUCAAUAAAGACAUCCAACAUUAUAUAUAUAUAGAUAGAAUCUGUGGCUGUAGCUGCAGUAUGAAUUCGAGCGAAGGAACCAAAUAUUUUGCUUCUAGAUAAGAAGGCUAACAUAGGGAGACGGUAAGGGAAGCUCAAAACAAGAGCAUAUAUGCAGAUGGUAGAAGCAGAUGUGAUCAUGAGAAAAUGUUAUUAGGAACUUGAAAAUUUUCAGAGAUUUUAUUACUGUAGCUGAGUUAGAUAAAGCACCUUGUGGAUCUUGAUACCUUGCAGGUUUAUGAUUUUUGUUUAUAUCUGUGAAUAAUAAAAAAAAUAGCUAGAGGAGGUUAUGGGGUGUACAGUGUAAUAAUCUUUGCAUGCUUGAUUGUUAAGGCCAUUAUAAAUAUUAGAUUAUUGCUCUUUUCUUGGCAAUGUAGAUGCAUUUGGGA